AUGAAAUCUUCAACCACAAACACCUCCGCAGUUGAGCAGUUACCAUUUCAUACCUCACAUUCCCUCUCAGGUGCGCCUGAAAGAAUUGACGAGCCAACCAAUUCCAACAGCGGAUUUGACUUUUUCUCUUUUCCCAACUCUAAUCCAUUCAUGUCUCCUUCUGAUACAGCAGUGAGUAAUCCCUUUCUUUCCUCUUCGGGAGGAGGAGGAGGUGCAUUGGGAGGUGGAGGACUUUCGAAUCCUUUUGGUCUCUCCUCUCCAACCUUUACCAGAGAACGACGGUUGUCCUCAAUCUUUGAUUUGGAGAAUUCCCGAGAUUCAGACAUGAUGUUAGAUCGGAAUAACAACAAGAGCCUUAGUGCUUUUUCCUUUGGGGGAGGAGGAAAUCUUGCUUCUGGAGAGAACAGUAAUCAGUCGAUGAUGGGUCAAUCUCCUUCCAAAGCUCUUACUUCUUCCAAAUCCCAACAACAAAUUACUUCGUUUGAUCAGGCCAUUCCUCUUCUGAGUGGAGGAAAGAGUCAACAGCAGCAGCAAUAUGUAGAUUCCUUCCCUUCCGAGCAUUCUCUCUUCUCUUCUUGUUCCUUCUCCAUGAAUCAAUCAAAAUUAUUAAGCUCUCCAACCCCUGGAAGUGAUAAUCCUAAUGCAGUCAUGAUGACCUCCUUUGCUCAAGCCUCAGAAAGAAGACAACAACAACAACAACAACAACAAGGAGUCAUCCUCUCCAGUGGUGGUAUUGGAACAAGCCUAUUGGAGGAGGCUGAGUUGUCCAAAUCUUCCUCUUUCCCCUCUCCUCCUCAAUUUGGAUCAACCAAGAAGAGCUCCACCAAUGUUCCACCUCCUCCCAAUAUGCUUUCUCUAGGACCAUCUUCCAACCAGCAACAACAGCAACUGACAGGAAAGCAACAAUAUACGUUACUUCAGGAGGGACAAUCCUUUUCGCCACAAGGUGGUGGAUCCAAUGCCAAUGUUCAGCAACAACAAAAUAUGCAAAAUCUCUUUUUCCAGUACAUGUCCAAUCAGAGUGCUUCUGCUCAACAACCAUCGGGCGCUUCGACUCAAUCAUCCACUCAAGGACUGUAUGGGUCAUCACAACUUGCUCAGGGAGCUAACACCUCUGCUGGCUCAACCAAUACAGGAGGAAUCACACAUCAACCAUUCAUUUGGACAUCUGCUCUCUAUCCUCAAGCUGCUACUACUACUAAUACUGGAGGAGGAGAUUCAGGUCAGCAACAGCAGCAACAAACAGGACCUUCUUCUCAACCUGGAACAUUCUCAUUCCAAGAUCAAGUUCAAAUGAUGAAUCAACAAAUGUUGCAAAAUCCAUCCACGGCAGGUGCCUUCAUACAGAAUUAUCAAUUGCUAAAUCCAGGUGCUGUGGCUAGCUUCAGGCAACAUGCACAGCAAUACUCGAGUGCAAGCGGUAGUGGUGCUGGUGGUGGAGUCAACACAGGUGGAAGUACAACAGGUUUCAUGGACACCGCUGCCCUUCUCUCUCAACAACGUUCUCUUUACUCAACUCCAUUACAAGUCAAUACUACACCCACACUCUCACAACAGAGAGCUCUUCUUGGAAGUGGAUCUCUUCCAGGUGCAAGUGUUGAAUAUGGUACUCCUUCGACUCCAUCUCCUCAACUUGCAAGCUCCUCUCCUCAAGAUCAAUCAAGCUCAGGAAGAAAGAGAAAGAAGCAAGCAGGUACCAUCACCACUCCUCAACAAAAAUCCUCUCGAUCCAACAAGUCUAAAAACAAACAAAAUGAAAGUGUUUCAUCACAAAAUGUUGCAGCCACAACUUCGACCACUCAACAACGUGAAGCCAAAAAGAGAAAAAGGAAUGUUGGUCAUUCGACGGAAUCAGAGCUCUCCAAUCAUGGCAUACUCUCUUCAGGUGUAGGAGAGGAGAACAGCAGAGAGCACUAUUCCAAAGAAAUGCAUGGUUCAGCCAAUCCUUCCUCUCUUGAUUCUGGAGCCUUAGAUUCUCAACAUGCCUAUGAUUCACAACAAGGGCUCUUGGAAGAAGAGGACUCUAACGAUGCGAAUGGUCAAAAGAAAUUCUGUUUCAGAAACUUAAUUGUUGAAAAGAAUUCACAAAAGAUGAAAUUUGUCAACUCAGACAUUAAGGAAGAGGGUACCAAUCAAGGUGCAUGGUCUGAGAGAGAACAUCAAGCAUUCUUGAAAGGCCUUCAAGAGUUAGGUUAUGGUAAAUGGAGAGAAAUUGCUGAUCGAUAUGUGAAAACCAGAACUAGAAUUCAAGUGGCAUCACACUCUCAAAAGUAUCACCAACGUUUAGAAAGACAAGCCAGAAAGAAAAAGAAACAACAACAAGCAAAGAAUGGAAAGAGAGGUGGAGAGACUGUUGAAGAGGAAGGAGCAAGCAGUGGUACUCCUCACUUGAAUCAAUAA